CGGAAUCGCGGUUGAGUCGUUGUGGCUGAGUGGGCAUCGCUGUAGCUUUGCGUCGCCACCCGGCUCUGCACUGGGGUCCACUUCAGCUGUCUGCCUGUUUUGUGUGCACAUCCCGCGAUUGAGUUCCAGGUGUGCAGCUUGUAUACCAUUGAACCGCUUCUAACGCUCCACAAGCUUCCACGUUGCCACGAUGCCAGGGAUCUCAGCGUACGGUGUGUGGCACCUGCUUUCUACCAGCAGCUGGUGGUCUCAAGUGCUGUUCUUCGUUGUACGAACAGCGGCGCUGACUCUUGCGAGCAUCGUGGUGGUGGUGGCCGUGCUGCUGUGGAUACUCCGGAGGAUCCACUCAAGGACCCUCAGGGAGCUGAACGAAUUGCCGCAGAUACGGCAACACUUCCCUUUCCAGCAUCAAUGGAUCUUGAAGACGGCUUGCAAUCUGCCCAACUCACCCGUUGGGUUCAGUACCAUGAUUUUCGCUGCAAUUUCAGGAUUUCACGCAACGUUCCAACAAUACGGAAGGUACCUCAUGUACCUUGGAUUCACGCCAUUUCUGAUUCUAUACAAAGCGGAAUAUGUCGAGGAAGUCCUUUCGAGCAACAAGAUUUUGACUAAAGGGGAACAGUACCACCUCCUUCACAGCUGGCUGGGAACUGGACUGCUUACGAGCACAGGAGAAAAAUGGCGCACGAGGCGGCGUCUGUUCACGCCGUCGUUCCACUUUCGAAUUCUGGAGGACUUCAUGCCAACCAUAAACUCGGAGUCCAUGGUCCUCGCUAACAAGCUGGCCAAUUUGUCCCGCCUGGGCAAAAAGUUUGAUGUCGUGCCGCUGAUAACGCUCUGCACUCUGGACAUCAUCUGUGAAACCAUCAUGGGAACGACCAUUUCUGCACAGAGCAACGAAAACAGCCCGUACGUAGCAGCAGUGAACAGAAUGGGCGAGCUGUUCGUGGAGCGAGUGUUCAGGCCGCUACUUCAAGUGGACUUCAUAUACGGAUUCACUUCAAUGGGCCGAGAGUACGCUCGCUGUCUCGACACGUUGCAUUCCUUUACGCGCAAGGUGAUUGCCGAACGCAAGCAAGAACUGCGCAAAGAAGUGGACGAUGGAGUGAUCAGCCUCGAGGAUGACCAGUCCGACGGGGGACGCAAGAGGGCGCGCCCCUUUAUGGACCUCCUUCUUCUGGAACACUUCAAGCAGCGCAUCACCGAGGAGGGCAUCUGCGAAGAGGUGGACACUUUCAUGUUCGAGGGUCACGACACGACGGCUAUGGGCAUCAGUUGGGCGCUGUUCCUCAUUGGCCACCACCAGAGGGAGCAGCAACUCAUCCACGAGGAGCUCGACUCGAUCUUCGGCGAUGACAGGGAAAGGCACGUGACCACCGAGGACCUCAAGCAUAUGAAGUACCUCGAGUGCGCGCUCAAGGAAUGUCAGCGGAUAUACCCGUCAGUGCCGAUGAUCACUAGAGCCUGCACCGAACCAUUCACCAUUGGCGGGAGGACGAUGCCCAAGGGGUCGCUCGUGCAGAUCGCCAACUACUUCUUGCACCGUGACCAGAAAGUGUUUCCCAAGCCCGAAGAGUUUCACCCGGAAAGGUUUUUGCCGGAGAACAGCAGAGGGCGCCACCCAUACGCCUACGUUCCCUUUUCGGCCGGGCCGCGGAACUGUAUCGGCCAGAGGUUCGCCCUCGCUGAAGAAAAGAUUGUGGUCGCCAACAUCCUGCGCCGCUUCAUCGUUGAAUCGCUCGAUCAGCGCGAUCAAGUGGCGCUCGUGCCCGAAAUGGUGCUUCGACCUCGCAACGGACUCAGAAUCAAGUUUACACCACGGUGAUUGCAGCUCGGACAUUGUUCUACAGACCAUCAGCAAACCUUCUUGCAGCUGUCAUUCAUACCUGAUGUAACUGCUUUUCUUAUAAAUAUAUUAAAUAUAUUG